CUGUCAUCUCUUCCGGUCGAGAUGCUUGACAAGAUCUUCCAGUCCGUCGACAACCCAGACCUUGUCAACCUGCGCCUUGUUUCGAAACAUAUCUGCGCCAUCGCCAACAGGCCAUUCGCUGUCAGAAACUUCACCAGUCGCCAUCACGUCCUCACCCAGGACAGCCUUGAAGCAUUACUCGCAAUCAGUACACACAACGUCUUCGGCACGUACAUCAAAGAA